UACAAACGUGUUAUGGGAAUUACCUCUUGUCUUUUCCAGUAAAUCUGCUCCGGCCCUGUGAGUCUUAUGACACGUUAGAUAAGUGAAGUGCAGGCGAUUCUCACGCAUGAAUAAACCAGGAUUAUAAAACAGGUCCAGAGUUCACACAGCGCUGCACACUGCUCAAAGACAAAAUCUCAAGACCGGAGAGAUCAUUCGCUCUUCUUCUCCUGCCACCUCGACCUGACACAACCCCUGCCUCGUCACACAGUACAGGAGAACUUCUCAAAGUGCACAAGAUGAAGGGGAUUCUUAAAGACAAAACGCAGAAAUUGAAUCCCGUGGCCAACGUGGAAGGGCAGAGCCACUCGAUCUGUGCUGUGCGCUGGAAUCUUCCUGAAGAAACGGUUCAGGUUCACAGCUCGGCUCCCAGCAGCCAUUUCAAGAACAAUAAGAGCACCUCUUCACGCACACAGCAAAGACAUCAUCAGCAGAGCCUGAAAGACCUGCGCAGCCUGCAACAGUGCAUCAACUUUCUCAACAACUGGAAGCUACAGGUGGCACGAGUGUGCAUGAAGGGAGGAGACGGCCGAGACGAACGUGCUUCAGGUGAUCGACAGGAAGACCCUCGAACCGAGCGCAGUCUGGAGGAGAGCCGCAAACUCAUCCUGCAAUGGGCUGAUGAGCUGAAGAGUGUCGACCAGGUAUCUAAAGCGAGCCCAUGGCUGCAGGAGAGAUUCAGGUGCAGUGAGGAUGAUGAGCAGAAGAAGAAGGAGGAGGAGGAGGAGAAGGAGGAACAGCAUGGAGAAGUGGUGCAGCAGAGAGUCAUGGAGUGGGCCAAAGAGCUGCAGAGUGUGUCAGAGAGCUGUGGCAUGCUGGGAGAUGAGCUGGCUCAGAUGCUUCAUCUGCUCGGCCUGAGGAAGAAAAAACUGGUUUCUUUGAUGCCACUGCUCGAGUUUAUCACCUGGUCCUUACUGAAGGACGACAGCAAGGACGUGGUUUCUCAGCUGUGGCUUUUGGCGAAGCAGCGCUCAUGGGAAGCAGGAAUGCAACAAUACAUCCCCAAGUCGGUGUGGAACUGGAUCACCAGCUCAUCAGUCGAUGUCACUCUCGACCCGUUGACGGCCCACCCCUGGUUGCUUCUCUCUGAAGAUCAGAAGAAGGUUCAGGAGGGUCUGGAGCAAGCCGACCUGCCGUACAGUCCGCAACGCUUCGACAGCUGGCCGUGUGUUCUGGGCUGGACGGGCUUCACCAGAGGCCGUAGCUACUGGGAGGUGGAUUUAGCAAACAACGGCUACUGGAGAGUUGGAGUCACCACAUCAUCCUCUAAGAGAAAUGGGCGCUUUCCUAUGAAGCCCUCCAAGGGUUACUGGACGCUGUGGAGGAGCACAAGACAAUUCUACGCCUGCACGGACCCCGAGACGCCGCUUCCUCUGACACUGGUGCCCAAGAAGAUGGGCGUAUACGUCGACUACGAGGAGGGCCAGAUCUCCUUCUACAAUGUGGAGACCAAAUCACACAUCUUCACCUUCACAGAGCAUUUCCGUGGAAAACUCUACCCUCUCUUUGCCCCAUUGGAUGGGAGGACUGUCAUAACAGUGUCUGGUCCUACAGACUACAGCACUGAAUAACUUAUUACAUAUAAGACUGAACACUUUAUUGGCCUGCGCCUAAAUUAUAAUAGAUUUUUGCAUAGAUUGUAGCAUUAUUUAAUAUAUUUAUGCUGUUAGUUUUAUUUUCUUAAAAUAUUGUACUGUGAAAGGUCUGGAAACACUGAGUCGUUUAUGGAUUUUGAGAGACAUAUGCAUGUUCCUUUUGUUUUUUCGCCAAAACAAAUAUAUAAAUGUACAGACUUUAUUUUCAUUUAAAAAUCCUCCCUUAGCAUGAUGAUUAGCUUCACAGCUUCACACACACUCUGCAUAU